AUUUCCCUUGCAAGUCCACCUUUCUUUCUAGUGAUGCCCUUGUUAUGAACAGUGUUUGUACUCACUGUGCAAAUAUCAAUGUAUUAUCUAUUUAAACAACAUCAUAGACCCAUCACUCAAGGAAGUUGAAUGAGGUGAACAUAGACAUAGGUCUUUCCCCUUCCCCCCAUUUUUAAAUGUAACAAAUACUUUUUUUAUCUUCCUCCUCCCCCUCCCCUCCCCCCUUUUCCCUUUUGAAAACCGUGUCAGGAACUAGGUAGUUUAAGAUGAGCAAUUGAGGGGACUGAGAGAGUGAUCCACACAGAGCCUGGCUUCUUUGUGCUUCAUCAUAAGGUGUGCUGCUGGUCAGCCUUAUUAAGCACCCUUCUAACGAGAACCUCGUGGAAAUCCAGCUGGCAGACUCAAGGAGUUCAGGAAACAGGACCACAGAGGUUACACUCUGGGAUCCUGGCCAUGAGGUUGAUGCCUCACCUUGCUGAAAAGAGACACUGGACCUAAAUGGCGCAGCAUGACUUUGUUCCUGCUUGGCUAAAUUUUUCAACACCACAGGCAGUUAAGUCACCUACAACCACCUUUGAAAAACACGGAGAGCACCUACCCCGAGGAGAUGGUAGAUUUGGAGUAAGCCGUCGUCGACAUAAUUCCUCUGAUGGCUUUUUUAACAAUGGACCUCUACGAAUUACAGGAGAUUCCUGGCACCAGCCCUCUCUGUUUCGCCAUGAUUCUGUGGACUCGGGUGUCUCUAAGGGAGCAUAUGCUGGAAUCACAGGAAACCUAUCUGGUUGGCAUGGCUCUUCCCGUGGUCAUGAUGGCAUGAGCCAGCGUAGUGGGGGUGGCGCAGGAAACCAUCGCCACUGGAAUGGCAGCUUUCACUCCAGGAAAGGCUGUGCCUUUCAGGAAAAGCCACCUGCAGAGAUUAGGGAAGAAAGGAAAGAAGACAAGGUGGAAAAGUUGCAGUUUGAAGAGGAAGACUUCCCUUCUUUGAAUCCAGAAGCUGGCAAACAGAAUCAGCCAUGCAGACCUAUUGGGACCCCUUCUGGAGUGUGGGAAAACCCACCUGGUGCCAAACAAACCUCCAAAAUGCUAGUUAUCAAAAAAGUUUCCAAAGAAGAUCCUGCUGCUGCCUUCUCUGCUGCAUUCACCUCACCAGGAUCUCACUAUGCAAAUGGGAACAAAUCAUCCAACCUGGUUCCAAGUGUCUAUAAGAACCUGGUUCCUAAGCCUGCACCGCCUCCUUCCAAGCCCAGUGCAUGGAAAGCUAACAGAAUGGAACACAAAUCAGGAUCCCUUUCCUCUAGCCGGGAGUCUGCUUUUACCAGUCCAAUCUCUGUUACCAAACCAGUAGUACUGGCUGGUGGUGCAGUUUUAAGCUCUCCCAAAGAGAGUCCCUCCAGCACCACUCCUCCCAUUGAGAUCAGCUCCUCUCGUCUGACCAAGUUGACCCGCCGAACCACCGACAGGAAAAGCGAGUUUCUGAAGACUCUGAAGGAUGACCGGAACGGAGACUUCUCAGAGAGCAGAGACUGUGACAAGCUGGAGGAUUUGGAGGACAACAGCACACCUGAACCAAAGGAAAAUGGAGAGGAAGGCGGUCAUCAGAAUGGUCUCCCUCUCCCUGUAGAGGAGGAAGGGGAGGUCCUCUCACACUCACUGGAAGCAGAGCACAGGCUGUUGAGAGCAAUGGGAUGGCAGGAGUACCCUGAAAACGAUGAGAAUUACCUCCCCCUCACGGAGGAUGAGCUGAAGGAGUUCCAUAUGAAGACAGAGCAGCUGAGAAGAAAUGGCUUUGGGAAGAAUGGCUUCUUGCAAAGCCGCACUUCUAGCCUGUUCUCCCCUUGGAGAAGCACGUGCAAAGCAGAGUUUGAGGAUUCAGACACAGAAACCAGUAGCAGUGAAACAUCAGAUGACGAUGCCUGGAAGUAGGCACAUAAAUGUUCACAGUUAAAUCUGACCCAUAAACUCAGCUUGUGUGCUUACGGAGAAUACAAAAAAACCUUUUCCUUUU